CUGUUAGCUUUAUUUCAAGUCGUUCAUUCAGUAUUGGACGCAUCUUGGUGGUCAUCGGUUGCGCAGCUUUCCACAUCCCUAGCCGGCCAAAGUGCUCGGCCGGUGUGCUCAUUACGAGGGCUCUCACCAGGCCAGGCGAGAAUAUGCGACCUGUUCAAAGAUCACAUGCCAGCCGUCGGUCAAGGAGCGCAAACAGCCAUUCAGGAGUGCCAAUAUCAGUUCAAGUCCAAUCGAUGGAACUGCUCUACACCUUAUGGCUCAGGAAUCGUAGGACCUAUUCACAAACUAGGAACACGAGAAGCUGCUUUCACCUAUGCUAUUUUGUCUGCCGGUGUCACCCAUGAGAUCGGCAGGAGGUGUAAACAAGGUCUGCUAGCGUCAUGUGGAUGUUCUGACGAAGCAAAACCAAAAAAUGUGGCUGAUGACUGGACAUGGGGAGGCUGCGGUGACAACGUUGACUACGGCUAUCGAUUUGCUAAGUCAGACUUCAUUUACCGUUUUUACUUCAAGUUCUUUAUACUAUCAGUCACACAAUAUGAGGUACUUAAGUACGUAUUUCCGUGCUGCGGUACUUGCUUUGUAUUGAUGUCAUGA